GUACAUUCGAUGCAACCGAGGCUUCACUUCUUUUUCUAAACUCCCAACAACUUCACUUCUUUUUCUAAACUCCCAACAACUUUUCUGUCUGUUUUAUUAAAACCUUCGCCACAUUAAUCAUUCAAAGUUUCUUAAAUUCACCAUUUUCAUCUUCUUCUUGCAACCUAAUUACAAUGUCUCAAGUUGUUGCUACAAGAUCCAUUCAAACAACCCUCCCCAUUUCUCGAUCUACCCAUCAAAGACCUCACAAUCUCUUAAACCCUCCAACUUUUGGUUCCAAAUUGUUCCUACCAAAAGGGAACAACAAAUGUUCAAAAUUUGGUUUCAGAAGAUGUUUAAUCAGUGCAAGGAAAUCAGCUUCUGCUGAAGUUGUUCCUGUUUCACCUGAAGAUGAUUCAAAGAUUGAGGUGCAUUUGCAUCAUUUGCAUGGGGUGCAGCCAUAUGGUGAUACUUCUGUUGGAAUGUGGCCGAAGCCGACGGUUAGGCGUAAGACGAAGGUAGUAUGUACUAUUGGACCUUCUACCAAUACAAAGGAAAUGAUUUGGAAGUUGGCUGAGGCUGGUAUGAAUGUCGCUCGCCUCAAUAUGUCUCAUGGUGAUCAUGCUUCUCAUCAGAAAGUUAUUGAUUUGGUUAAAGAAUAUAAUGCACAAUCUAAAGACAAUGUUAUUGCAAUUAUGCUUGACACUAAGGGUCCUGAGGUUAGGAGUGGGGAUUUGCCACAACCAAUCAAUUUAGAAAGUGGGCAGGAAUUCACUUUUACUAUUCAAAGAGGCGUUGGAACUGCAGAUUGUGUCAGCGUAAACUAUGAUGAUUUUGUCAAUGAUGUAGCACCGGGGGACAUGCUUCUUGUUGAUGGCGGCAUGAUGUCAAUGGUCGCUAAGUCUAAGACAGAGGAUUCAGUGAAAUGUGAAGUUGUUGAUGGAGGAGAGCUCAAGUCUAGGAGACAUUUGAAUGUUAGAGGAAAAAGUGCAACACUGCCUUCAAUAACUGAGAAGGAUUGGGAUGAUAUCAAAUUUGGAGUGGAUAACAAAGUUGAUUUCUAUGCUGUUUCCUUUGUUAAGGAUGCUGAAGUUGUUCAUGAACUGAAGAAUUAUUUGAAGAGCUGUGGUGCUGAUAUACAUGUAAUUGUAAAAAUUGAAAGUGCAGACUCUAUACCAAAUUUGAAUUCAAUUAUCACUGCAUCUGAUGGGGCUAUGGUUGCCAGAGGAGAUCUUGGUGCUGAGCUCCCUAUUGAAGAGGUUCCUCUUUUGCAGGAAGAGAUAAUCAACUUGUGCCGUAGCAUGGGGAAGGCUGUGAUUGUUGCAACCAAUAUGCUGGAAAGCAUGAUUGUUCAUCCAACUCCAACUAGAGCAGAGGUAUCAGAUAUCGCUAUUGCUGUUCGAGAAGGUUCUGAUGGAAUAAUGCUGUCUGGAGAAACUGCUCAUGGAAAGUUCCCACUAAAAGCUGUGAAAGUGAUGCACACAGUAGCGUUACGGACAGAAGCCACUAUACAAGGUGGUCAAAUGCCGCCUAAUAUUGGUCAAGUGUUCAAGAAUCAUAUGAGUGAGAUGUUUGCAUACCAUGCAACCAUGAUGUCUAAUACCCUUGGAACCUCUACUGUUGUCUUCACUCGAACGGGUUUCAUGGCUAUCCUUCUGAGUCACUAUCGUCCUUCUGGCACAAUAUUUGCUUUCACCGAUGAGAAGAGAGUACAGCAAAGACUGGCUUUGUAUCAAGGAGUUUGUCCUAUACACAUGGAGUUCAGUGAUGAUUCCGAAGAAACUUUCAAAAGAGCCUUGGAAUUUCUACAGAAGCAAGGAAUGGUGAAGGAUGGAGAAGAAGUUGCACUUGUACAAAGUGGUAGGCAACCCAUAUGGAGGUUCCAAUCCACUCACAAUAUCCAAGUCAGGAAAGUGUAAACAAAAAGAAAGAAAUAAUGGAUAGAGAAAAAGACUUGGAUCCUCACUUACAAACUUUCUAAUAAUCUUUGACAACUAACUUUGGUCAUUUUAAAUUGAAAAAUAAGCUUAUUUGAUUUAA